AUGGCUUUUCAAGACGUUCUUGGUCAAUUGCCUCUUCUCAAAAGCUAUACUCACAUUCUGUUUUGUUUCUCUCUCUCUGAUUCGGAUAGAGACACUGUUAUUGCCGCUCUUCAAUCCGCGACCCAACACCUGCUCGCGGCCUUUCCUUUUCUUGGAGGCCAGGUCGUGCACAAGCAAGUUCGCGCAGGGCAUUCUGGCUAUUUUACCAUCGAGGACUGGGAAAUAGAACGCAAGAUUCUCCACAUCCGUGAUCUUUCCGACACUCUCCCUUCAUAUGCUGCUCUUUGUGCUGCUCGUGCACCCUCCUACAUGCUUCCAGGAUCUCUCCUGGCUCCUCCUCGGCCUGCCUUUCCACUGACCUACCCACAAGAUGGUCUUGCUCCCGUACUCGAAAUCCAGGCCUCCUUAAUCCAGGGAGGGCUGCUUCUCGAUCUCGCGGCCCAGCAUAACAUCAUCGAUGCCACAGGCAUAUUUCAUAUGGCCGGCCUCCUGGCACGCCUUAUGGAUUCACCCCCAGGAGAUAUCCAAAAACCUGAAAUUCAGCUAGGAAAUUGCGACCGGCGCAAUCUCAUCCCGUUGCUCCCCGACCAAGAACCGCUACCGGACAGCCUCUCUGUGCUGAAACCCGAGCGGUUCCCGCCCCAGUUAGAUACAGAUACCUUAGCUCAGUUCAAAUGGUACUGGUUACAUUUUUCUCCGGAAGCAAUUGUACAUAUCUGCCGGGAAGCAAAUAGUCACCCGGAGGACUUUAUUGACCCCAUCACCUCUGUCUCGGUGAACGAUGCCCUAACCGCAUUCUGCUGGCAACGCAUAGCCCUGAUCCGGUUUCAGACCUCCAGCGGCCCUGAUAAUGAUGAAGAAGAAGAAGAAAAGACGUCGCAGUUAACCCGCGCCACUGACCUUCGACGGGCCAUGAACCUCAGCCCGGCGUACAUGGGCCAUAUGGUCCGGACGGCUAACCUUCGCCUCCCAGUGUCCUUGAUAACGCGGAGUUCCUUGUCGAAUCUCGCUUCUAGGCUACGUGUUUGUGUGCAGGAGCAUACGACCCCUUAUGCAGUGCGGGCGUAUGCGAGUUUGAUUGCUCGAGAGACGGAUAAAAGUCGCAUCGCGUACGCCGGGUCGUUUGACCCGCGGACAGAUUUCAGUUGCUCUUCUGUAGCGCAUAUUAAAUUACCUUUUUUUGGAGGACUGGGGAAGCCGGAGUUUAUGAGGAGACCGACCUUUGGACCGUUACCCGGGGGCAUGUAUAUUGGCCCUGGAUGGGGGGGAGUAGGGCUGGAUGCUGUGGUCUGUUUACUAGGGACAGAGAUGGAGUUGCUGAAGAAGGAUGAAUGUUGGAACUCAUUAGUAGAAACGAUUGAGUAG